AUGGGCCCCCGUGCUGCGGGGUUUCUGGUGGGGGCGGUGGCUGCCACGUUUUUUUCGGCCAUGCUGCUGCAGUACGACAUUCUUCGUAAAAAAGACAUAACAGAUCGUGAAAUCAGCCUUUUGGAGAAAGAGGCAUCGCUCAUAAGAGAGCGAUUUCGCCGUGCACAGAGGGCACUCAUUGAUGCCAGGGAGGAAGAGAUUGAGACGCAGGUCCACUAG